UAAACAUUUUUUAGUUCAGAACUGAGAACCCUCUCUCACUCCUCUCCACGUCUCAAUCUUAGUUUUCACUUCAUCGUUUUCAGCAAAGUUGUGAUUCUCUCUCUCUCUCUGUAAUGGCCGCAUUCUUUCAAUCUGUAGCAGUACUAUGCUGGUGUUCCCUAUAGGGAAAGAUGAAAUUGAAGUCUAAGAAAUGGAAAUCUAUUGUACCUCUUCAUUUGAAAGGAAAAUCAGCAACCCGAUUUUCUCUAUUCCGCAAAGUCAAUUCAGCUAGCUAUGGACCUGGCAAAACACCAGUUUAUCUGAAUGUGUAUGAUUUGACACCCAUGAAUGGUUAUGUGCAUUGGGCUGGUCUUGGUAUCUACCACUCUGGUGUAGAAGUUCAUAGUGUGGAAUAUGCAUUUGGAGCUCAUGACUACCCAACAAGCGGUGUUUUUGAGGUUGAACCUCGGCAAUGCCCAGGGUUCAAGUUCCGGAAGUCAAUACUAAUUGGAACCACAUCUUUGGACUCUGUUCAGGUUAGGGAAUUCAUGGAACGCCAGUCAGCAAGGUACAAUGGUGACACAUAUCACUUAAUUGUUAAGAACUGCAACCACUUCUGCAAAGACAUCUGUCACAAACUGACAGGGAAAUCAAUUCCAACGUGGGUUAAUCGACUGGCCAGGCUAGGUUCAAUUUGCAACUGCAUUCUUCCUGAAGCACUAAGAAUUUCUGCUGUGGGGCAUGAUCCCAAUUAUCAGCCACAUGAUAGUGAAAAGAGAAGGCUUCGAAGUGGCUUCAAUUGCUUGUCCUCAAUCUCAAUGCGACAAAAGCACCUGUCCACAUCUUCGCUGUUUUUACAAUCACCCUUAAGAGGCUGCUUGUCAUCAUCUUGGCCCUCGUGGGAAUUCAAAAAAUCCAUUAAUCGUUCCUUGAAAGAAAGGUAACUGAAGUUUGAGAUUGAAGGACAUGCAUGACUGUACGACUCUUGUCUAUGGUAGUUUUCUGUAAGUAGGAUUUGGCUUUCGUCACAUCAUUUUCUUUUUCUUUUGCCGUUAAACUUGUAUCGUUUAGUAUUGAAUGUGGUACGACGCAUGUCAUUGAUAUGGUUCAUUCUGCUGUCAAUUUGCAACUGAAAAUGAUCCUUUACGAGCUCUAGAAGAAACUAUAAAAGCGAGCAUGACC